CCAUCGGCUGGCGCCUCUGCAGACGUCCCGUGACUGUGUGUUCGGACACUGAUGUGCCAUUUCUCUGAUGUUGCAACUGAAUACAAAGCCUUUCUUAAACCAAUAGAACAGUAACAUGACUUUCUGGAUGGUUGUACUUGUUCAGCUGCUGUUAUUUAUUGGCAAGUCGGUCUCAAAAAAAGGUGUCAAAUGUGGUGGAAUCCUCUCAGCUUCCUCUGGCAACAUAUCAAGCCCCAACUUCCCUGGACUGUACCCCUACGACAUCGAGUGUGCCUGGCUGAUUGUGGUCGCAGAGGGCUCCUCUGUCCUCCUCACUUUCCAGCACUUUGAGCUGGAGUACCAUGUCGGCUGCGCCUAUGAUUACAUCAAAAUCUACAAUGGCGUCUCUGAGGAUGAGGGGAACCUCCUGGGGACAUUCUGUGGUGAAGUCUCCCCACCCCAGUUCACAUCGUCAUGGAACGUCAUGUCCAUUAUCUUCCACUCAGACCGCCACGUGGCCCACAGGGGGUUCUCUGUGGGCUACAGGAAAGAUAUGUGUGGUGGAGUUUUAACUGGCCUGUCGGGAAUCAUCUCCAGCCCGGGCUACCCUCAGGAAUACACCAACAAUGCAAAUUGCUCCUGGACCAUUCACGUAUCCAAUCGCAGUGUGGUCACGCUGGUCUUCCUGGACUUCCAGCUUGAGAACAAUGAGGGUUGCAAUUUUGAUUUUGUGGCCCUCUUUGAUGGCCCCACCAUCACACAUCGUCAUCUGGGGAACUACUGUGGAGGAGACAAACCUCCAAAUAUGGUCACCACCUCCAACCAACUGCUUGUGGUCUUUAAUUCCGACUUCAACAUUGGUGGAAGGGGGUUCAAAGCUUACUACUACUCAGGUGAAUGCCAGCAGGUCCUUUCUGAAGUGAAUGACAACUUUACCAGCCCAAACUACCCCAGCAUCUACCCCAACAACAUCAACUGCCACUGGAUCAUUAACUUGGCAGAGGGCUACCGGAUCAAACUAUCUUUCCCUGUCAUAGAGUUAGAGGAAAGGAACAGCCUAACAGACGAGUGUGACUACGAUUCUGUUGUGGUGUUUGACGGGAAUAGCCAAACAGACCCAAUUCUAGGCCACUGGUGUGGUUUUGAACACCCUCCGUAUCUGAUCUCCAAGGGCAACCAGCUGCUGGUUGUCCUCAGUACCGACAGAAAUUAUGCUUAUAAAGGGUUCUCUGCCUCCUAUAUUGGAGUGGUACCAGUGAACAUUAGCUGCACAAGAACAGAAUUUUCCAUCCAGAUAGCCCAGCAGUCUGUACCUCAGCUGGGCCGUGAGAAUAUCUACCUGGGUAACCCCUCCUGCACUGCCCAGUUGACAGCAACUACCUACAAGAUACUUGCCCGCUUUGUCAAUUGUGGCACAGCAGGUAAGAAACGCCGGAACAUCACCAUGCUGGUAAACACACUAUACAUCGACUUCUCUGAGGGGAAGCAGCAGAAUGUCCAGGAGUACGAGGUGCAGUGCGAUGCCCAGAAGAAACAGGCCACCGUGUCCAUCAUAUCUACGGAGGAGCGCAACCGCUACAACGAGCUGGCUCGCCAGGCGGAGAGCGCCAGCAGCGGGGGGGUGGGGGCGACCAACUCUGAGCCUCACGACCCCAGUGACAUCGUCUUCAUCAGCAUCUGUGUGCUGGCUGUCAUUCUUAUGGUGAUCGCCAUUGUGUGGCUAGUGCUGCUUUAG